AUGACACGUGAGUGUAAUACAACAACUACUAUUGGUAGUCAUAUCAUAGAAAAAGGUAGUAUUAUUCAGCCUGAUCUAUUUACUAUUCAUUAUAAUCCAGAUUUAUGGGGUUCUGAAGAUCCGAAUACUUUUUAUCCUGAGCGACAUUUAGUAAAACGUCAUCCAGUUGCUUGGAUGCCAUUUGGUGUUGGUCCACGAAAUUGUGUUGGUAUGCGAUUUGCUCUUAUGGAAUUAAAACUAUGUUUAAUUCAUUUACUUGAUCAAUAUCGAAUAUUACCAGGUGAUAAGAUCGAAGAAGGUUUUAAACUAGAAGAACGAAUUGCUAUUCAACCAAAUGCUAUAUUUGUCAAACUUGAAAAACGUUCAAUUUGA